AUGAGGGUAUAGAGUUAAUUUAUUUUACGUUAUUUAUUUCAACCCACCCACCCCAAUUCAGCUCUAUUGAGCCCACCACAAAGCUAGCUGAAUGCGUAAGUGUGCAUAUGAGAUAUUAUUAUAUUACCCCGUUUCACCUUUAAAAAUUAAUCGUCCAAAUGCCAUUCACAAAUCCCUCCAGAACUGCAGCUGCAGAAGCACCCUCCCUCCCUCCGCCGCACAAAUAAAAUGUGUAUACGAAGGUGCCUUUUUGCAGUCAAGAGAGCAAUGUAAGCAAACAGACUUGUGUGUGCAAAUGACUUAUCAGUGCAUGACACGGUUUGGGUGGUUUAUGUGCGUAUCUAUGUGUGCAUGUGUGUCUGUUGGUUUGCUUGAUAUUUUUGUGCAAAGGGUAUCUUGUUUUUUCCUCCCCGCGCAGCGCGCUAGGCUGGCGCUUGCGGGAAUCCCGGACCGCGGGCUCCUCUCCUUUCUGCAGCAGGAGAGUCCGCACCGGCGGCCGCGCGACUCUGCUCCAUCUUUCGCCCACCACAACCCGCUGCUUGCCCGGUUCCUUAUUAUUAUUAUUUCUACGCCCGUGGUUGAUCCGUUGCUUCCGACGCUUCUCCUCGGCUGGGGACAGAACUAA